CGCAGCCUGUCGCCGCCUUCUUUGUGAUCGCGACUCGCCAAUUUGCAUUGUCCAUUUUCACCUCCAUUCUUUUCGUCCCUCGUUUCUCUGGCAUUAUCGUCCGCUACGCCUUGCCUGGAUGCGCUUUGCACAGCUGGACGACUACUUUACCGUCUUCCAUAUCUACCGGAUCGUUGCCAAGACAGGCCAUCUAUUCAAUACCACCAUACCUAUUGGGGCGUAGCAGACCAACCUGCUUGUACAGCAAGAAUGGCCUGGGGCAGAUCGAAGCCGGAACAGCCACCGUCCACAUUGAGACAGCUCCUGCCGCUGAUCAUCACCCUGAUCUUCGUCGGCAUCGCAGCGUGGAUCGGGUACCAGAUCUACGUUUCCGUAAACAAGAUCCGAGCGAAGGCCAGCGAGCGGAUGAGCAACAAUAACGUCGUCUUCACGAAGGACGGCAUGCGCGUGAAGGUCAAGCAGAUCAAGAACGAGAGCUACGUCGACGCGACCCAGAGCUGGGUGGUCAAGGCCUGGAACCUGGGCAGCGAGAAGGCGCCCAACAAGAAACAAUAAGAACUGAAACCUGCGCUGGCCCCUGUACGCCGGGCUUAACGAAAACGGUUUGCGACGUGGAAUAAUGAUGUAAUUUCAAUAUACCCUGGCUGGAUGAAGCCUUCCUCGCAGAGGCAGGAUCGGGCCCAAGGCUCCAUGGAGUUCAUGACUUAUCUUUUGUCCCUGUUAUGCACGCAUCUCAGCCGUGACAUCAUCCCGAGGUGACGCUGAUAUGAGAUGGUGAGGGAAUAGAGACGGCGCAGUUAUUGCCGUCCCGGUGUAUCAUAGCUACGUGCAAAUUGUUUUGACGUCCAAAAGAGUAGCUUUCGAUUGUUGAUAUAUGCUAUAAAUAGGCCGGACAAGUCUCUGGUUGUCCUUGUAGCUACUAU